CUUGCGUCUCUCGGGCCUCUGCCCUGGCUGACUGGCCAAGCGGCGCCGCUUUGCAGGACUGAGCAACCUGGAGUCAGGCAACCGCGGUUGAGCCCCGCGUUUGCCCGAGGCGCUGCGCUCCGGGCCCAGCCAACGCCGCGAGUUCCCCGACGGAUAGCUCCUCCUGCACCAGGCUAAAGCUGACGGUCCUGCCACCUCCCCCGCCGGGACCGCGACCCUGGGUGCUCCCAGGACGAAGAUUCCGCACACCUCCCCCACCCCGCCCUGGGAACGUCUGUGUGGUGAACAUGGUGCAGAAGUACCAGUCUCCUGUCCGUGUCUACAAGUACCCCUUCGAACUGGUCAUGGCGGCCUACGAGAAGCGCUUCCCCACCUGCCCGCAGAUCCCUGUCUUCCUGGGCAGCGAGAUCCUGCGUGAGUCCCGCAGCCCCGACGGAGCGGUGCACGUGGUGGAGCGGAGCUGCCGGCUGCGUGUGGACGCUCCACGCCUGCUGCGGAAGAUCGUAGGCGUGGAGCACGUGGUCUUCGUGCAGAGGAACGUCCUGAACUGGAGGGAGAGAUCACUGCUCAUCGAGGCUCAUAACGAGACCUUCGCCAGCCGCGUGGUGGUGCAGGAGAACUGCAGCUACACGGUCCACCCUGAGAAUGAAGAUUGGACUUGCUUCGAGCAGUGUGCCUCACUGGACAUUCGGUCCUUCUUUGGCUUUGAGAAUGCUCUGGAGAAGCUGGCCAUGAAGCAGUACACUGCCAGUGUCAAGAGAGGCAAGGAGGUGAUUGAGCAUUACCUGCAAGAGCUCCUCUCCCAGGGUACCUCUCACGUUCCCCGGUGGAUACCUGCCCCCGUCCGGGAGGAGGACAGCUGCAGCCAGUCAGGCCUGCAGGACCUUGGUGUUCAAGGGACUGGUGACUCCACUCUGGAGACAGUGGAUGCAGAUGGCAACAUGUUGGACACCAACUCCAGGGAGAGGCGCCUAGGCCACCUCACCCCCACGCAGGAGAGCUGCCUGACCCGGCUGCGACACUGGCUGCAGGAGACCCACCAGGGCAAGAUUCCCAAAGACGAGCACAUCCUUCGGUUCCUGCGGGCCCGUGACUUCCACCUGGACAAGGCCCGGGAGAUGCUGUGCCACUCCCUGAGCUGGCGGAAACAGCACCAGGUGGAUCUCCUCCUGCAGACCUGGCGCCCCCCUGCCCUGCUGGAGGAGUUCUACGCUGGGGGCUGGCACUACCAGGAUAUUGACGGCCGCCCGCUCUACAUCCUGCGCCUGGGCCAGAUGGACACCAAGGGCUUGAUGAAAGCAGUAGGGGAGGAGGUGCUGCUUCAGCAUGUUCUGUUCAUCAAUGAAGAAGCACAGAGGCGCUGUGAAGGGAGUUCUAAGCUGCUUGGCCGCCCCAUCAGUUCCUGGACCUGCCUGUUGGACCUGGAUGGGCUCAACAUGCGGCACCUCUGGCGGCCCGGCGUGAAGGUGCUGCUGCGCAUGAUUGAGGUGGUGGAGGCCAACUACCCUGAGACCCUGGGCCGGCUGCUCAUCGUGCGAGCACCCCGCGUCUUCCCAGUGCUCUGGACGUUGAUCAGCCCUUUCAUCAAUGAGAACACCAGGCACAAGUUCCUCAUCUAUAGUGGCCGUGACUACCUGGGUCCCGGGGGCCUGGUUGACUACCUGAACAGAGACGUGAUUCCUGACUUCCUCGGGGGGCAGAGCCUGUGCAAUGUGCCCGAGGGAGGCCUGGUCCCCAAGUCCCUCUACCUGACAGAGGAAGAGCAGGGGCAUGCGGAACAAUUGCGGAAGUGGAGUGAGACCUACCAUUCGGCCAGCGUGCUUCGUGGGGCACCCCACGAGGUGGUGGUGGAGAUUCUGGAAGGGGAGUCGGUCAUCACGUGGGACUUUGACGUCCUGCGAGGCGACAUGGUGUUCAGCUUGUACCAUGCCAAGCAGGCACCCAUACUGGCAGCCCAGGAGCCUGCGGCCAGGGCCGGCAGGCAGCUGAUUGACAGGAACUGGGUCCUGGGUGUAGAUUACAGCUGCGUGCAGGCCCCACUGCUCUGCCGGGAAGGGGAGAGCAUCCAGGGUUCCCAUGUGACACGGUGGCCAGGGGUCUACUUGCUCCAGUGGCAAAUGCACAGUGCCCCUGGUGGCAUGGCCUGCAGCCUCCCGGGUGUGGACGGAGUCCUCACAGCCCUGCACAGCCCCGGGCCCCGGGGCAAGCUCCUCUACUACUACGAGGUGCUCGCGUCUGAGGACUUCAGGGGCUCCAUGUCCAGUCUGGAAUCCUGUACCAGUGGCUUCUCCCAGCUCAGCGCUGCCACCUGCUCUUCCUCCUCUGGCCAGUCUCAUAGCAGCUCCCUGAUCUCCAGAUAGCCAGAAGUCUCCAAGAUGAGAAGCCAGCUUGCUGCUAUUAUGGGGCCAGCAAACCUGUGGACUGGAGCCCUGGACCAAGAUGCUGCCUGCCAUGGAACAGGUGUGGAGCAAGCAGCAAGGACCCAGCUCCUGGCCAGUGUGUAGUGUGAGCCCCCCAAGACAGUGAGACACUACUCUCUCCUGCGGGCUUUGCCUACCCAAAGGCCAAGGUGUGGACUGGCCUGCCUUUCGGUUUCCUAGGACAUGAGCCUGGUCUGUUCUUCCUGGACUAGCUGCUUUCUCCCCGUGUGCCACUCCCAGAGUAGCCUCUUACCAGCAGGAACAGCCUCCCCUCAUGCUCUUCCCCUAUCCCUAUUGACUCUCCCAGCCAGCCUAUGCUGUGGAGGAAGACAGGGCUAGUAAGUGGGUGAAGACAGGCAGAGUCCAGAGGCCUGCGCCUGGAGAGAGCCUGGGGCCCCUGAGCUCCCGCAUCCACCUGGUCCUCUUGACUGCCUGGUGGGAUAGGUGGGGCCAGUGGCCCCACCCUGGCGUCCUGGUCUCCAAGGUGGGGAGACCUCAGGGAGAUCCUGACUGGGCACAGUCACACACAUACUCCCAACCACCUGGGCCCAGGACAGGGUAAAGAGAGCCGUUGCCCCUAUGGCUAGGGAGCUGCUGAGGGCUCAGGGUUCACAGUUCCCUCUGCCAGGGCAAUGUCUGCUCUGGUUCUCUGCCUGUAAGGUCCCUGGGGCUCCUCCCCUACUGUGUGGUAUCUUCUGGCUGUGGGAAUCUUGGAUGGAAAGCAGCCAGGAGGGGCUCCCCUGCACUCAGUCCUAGCCUGGGUUUCCUUCCCCAUCUGCUCAUCGGGUUGUGUGUCUUAGAGUUGGGCCAUGACCCAAAUGCCAGCCUUCUCUCCAGUAGCCAGGGAGCCUUGAACCAGAAUCUCACCGUUCUGUGCCUCAGCCUCCUCAUCUGUGAGGUGGGAACCGCAGUGCCUACCUCACCAGGUGCCAUGGCACCAAGUGAGUGUAUACAGAAAGUGCUCAAUAAAAGUGGGUGAUGGGCCA